CCAAUCACUUGCUUCCAUUCCUUCCCGACCAUUUUCCUUUACCUUUCUGUCAGCCAACAUCAACCACAACUGUAUCGAAAUCAUAUCACACACAUACACACAUACAGAUUCUUUCAUUUCCACUCUGCAUCGGCUGCUGCACCUGAAGCAUCGUGAUACCCCAACUCCUACCGUGCCCACCCGCCGCCUUCAUUUGCACCAACAAUCAAUAAUACACAACAACCAACAUUCGAAAUGGCUUCUUCUAAUUACGACGCGCAGGCUUCUACCAACUACAAGGAGGCUUUCUCGUUGUUUGACAAGCGCGGCAAUGGCCGUGUCUCCCUCGAUAACCUCGGCGACCUGCUGCGCGCAUGCGGCCAAAACCCAACCAUGGCCGAGAUCCACCAGCUGGAGGAGAGCGUACAGGGUGACUUCGACUUCGAGACCUUCCAGCGCGUGCUGAACCGCCCCGGCGGCUUCCGCGACCCGGGCGAGCCCGACGAGUACUGCCGCGGCUUCCAGGUGUUCGACAAGGACAUGACGGGCUUUAUCGGCGUCGGUCAGCUCAAGUACAUUCUGACCAACCUGGGCGAGAAGAUGUCGGACGAGGAGGUCGACGAGCUGCUCAAGGCUGUCGACACUAGCUCGGGCCAGGUCAACUACACCGAGCUAGUCCGUACCAUUCUGGCCAACUGAUGACCGGUCAAUGAGGCAUUCUCGGGCUGUCCGUGGCAAGGAUCAAGGACGGAGAGCUAGGGGAGUAGGAAUGGGAGGACGAAGAACGAAUUCAUAAGAUACCAAACAAAAACAAAGACGGUACGGCAGAGGGGAAGAAGCAGGGAGGUUGCUGCAUCGUGUGCUACGGCAUUAGCACACACACAUUACUGUAUAAAGUUUUGACGGAGUGAUUGGGCCAGUGUUCUUUUCAGUUUCACGGUCUUUUUGCGGUGAUGUGUUGGGUAUUCCUGGAUUGAUUGGAGGUUUAGCCCAAUGAUAGCAUCGAAUAUGAUAGUUCCUUCAGACAUCGGAACGCACCAAUUCCAACCG